AUGGAUCUUCCAGUUGUGGGUGAUUCAGACGAUGAUGAAAUGGUCUCCCACGAACUAGAGCAAAUGAGGAGUAUAUUGGAAGAGGCGAUUUUAGAAACGCGCAGCAUGCCUCUCGAAAAUCGACCGCGACUUCCCCGCAUACCCCUAAGCAAGCGAAAUCGGGCUGUCGUGAGGGCUCUUAACCUAAUGCUGGUAACCUAUUUGGAAGCCAGCCGGGACCUUUGCGAGACGGACUCAGUUCUUUUUGGCGCCGCAGUGGCAGCUUGCCGUAUUAUUGGUGCCAAACUUCCCAUGGCUGGACGCGCUACUAAACAAAGUAGCGCCAUCCCAGCCUGGAGAUAA